AUGACGCUAGCCAGGCCUGUGACCUGGCACUCCAGACCCCUGGGUCCCAUCCUGCUCCUUCUGCUGCCCUGGGCCCCUAGCCUGUGCCUCCUGACUGGGACGGUGCCUUCAGAGACCCCAAGUGCCUGUGCCUCAGAUCCGUGUGCUCCAGGGACCGAGUGCCAGGCUAUGGAGAGUGGUGGCUAUACCUGUGGGCCCACGGAGCCCCAGGGCUGUGCCACCCAGCCAUGCCACCAUGGCGCUCUGUGUGUGCCCCAGGGUCCAGAUCCUAAUGGCUUCCGCUGCUACUGCGUGCCUGGUUUCCAGGGCCCCCAUUGUGAGCUGGACAUCGAUGAGUGUGCAUCCCGGCCCUGCCACCAUGGGGCCACCUGCCGCAACCUGGCUGAUCGCUACGAGUGCCACUGCCCUCUCGGCUAUGCAGGAGUGACCUGCGAGGCUGAGGUGGACGAGUGCGCCUCGGCGCCCUGCCAGCACGCGGGCUCGUGCUUGGACGGCGUGGGUUCCUACCGCUGCGUGUGCGCGCCGGGCUACGCGGGUGCCAGCUGCCAGCUGAACCUCGACGAGUGCCAGAGCCAGCCGUGCGCACACGGGGGUGUGUGCCACGACCUAGUCAACGGGUUCCGGUGCGACUGCGCAGAUACAGGCUACGAGGGCGCGCGCUGCGAGCAGGAGGUGCUGGAGUGCGCGUCGGCGCCCUGCGCGCACAACGCGUCCUGCCUCGACGGCCUCGGGAGCUUCCGCUGCCUCUGCUGGCCAGGCUUCAGCGGUGAGCGGUGCGAAGUGGACGAGGACGAGUGUGCGGCGAGUCCCUGUCACAACGGGGGCCAGUGCCUGCAGCGCUCCGACCCGGCCCUCUACGGGGGCGCCCAGGCUGCCUUCCCCGGGGCUUUCAGCUUCCACCACGCUGCAGGCUUCCUGUGCCGCUGCCCUCCAGGCUUUGAGGGGGGCGACUGCAGCGUGGAUGUGGACGAGUGCGCCUCAGGACCAUGUCUCAAUGGAGGCCGCUGCCAGGACCUGACCAAUGGCUUCCAGUGCCACUGCCGGGAUGGCUAUGCAGGCCUGGCAUGUCAGGAAGAUGUGGACGAGUGUCUGUCGGAGCCCUGCCUGCAUGGUGGAACCUGUGAAGACACUGUGGCGGGCUACAUCUGCCGGUGCCCACAGGCCUGGGGUGGACAUGACUGUUCUGUGCAGCUCACUGGUUGCCACGGCCACACCUGCCCACUGGCUGCCACCUGCAUCCCCAUCUUCAAGUCUGGGCUCCACAGUUAUGCCUGCCACUGUCCACCGGGUACCCAUGGACCUUCCUGUGGCCAGAAUACCACCUUGUCUGUUGUGGCUGGGAGCCCUGUGGGGACAUCAGUGCCAGCUGGUGACCCCUUGGGUUUGGCACUGAGGUUUCGUACCACCCUGCCUGCUGGGGCCCUGGCCACUCGCACUGACACCCAGGAUAGCUUGGAGCUGGCAUUGAUGGGGGCCACACUCCAAGCCACACUCUGGAGCCAUGGUACCACUACAUGUGUCCUGAGACUGCCGUACUUAGCCCUAAAUGAUGGCUACUGGCACCAGGUAGAGGUGGCACUUCACCUAGGGACUCUAGAACUGCGACUCUGGCAUGAGGACUGCCCUGCUCAGCUCUGUGUGGCUUCUGGUCCUGUGAUCCCAGGUCCCACUGCUUCAGUGACCCCUGGGCCUGGCAGGCUCUGCUCUGUCCAGCUGGGUGGCUCAGACUUUGCAGGCUGUCUCCAGGAUGUGCAUGUGGAUGGACACCUUCUGCUCCCAGAGCAGCUUAGCGACAAGGUCCUCCUGGGCUGCGAGCGCCAUGAGCAGUGCCAGCCCUCACCCUGUGCCCAUGGAGGGGCCUGUGUGGACUUGUGGACUCACUUCCAUUGUGACUGCCCCCGGCCUCACAGCGGCCCUACAUGUGCUAAUGAGGUUCCUGCUGCCACCUUUGGCUUGGGGGGCACCCUGAGCUCUGCCUCCUUUCUGUUACAUGAGCUGCCGGGCCCCAACCUCACGGUGUCCUUUCUCCUCCGCACUCGGGAGUCCGCUGGCCUGCUCCUCCAGUUUGGGAACGACUCAGCAGCCAGCCUGACGGUCUUCCUAAGUGAGGGCCAGAUCCGGGCUACCAUGCCAGGUGGUCCUGCUGUGGUGCUCCCUGGGCGCUGGGAUGAUGGGCUCCGCCACCUGGUGACGCUCAGCUUUGGGCCUGAGCAGCUGCAGGACCUGGGGCAGCAGGUGCAUGUGGGUGGGAGACUCCCCCCUGCCGACACCCAGCCCUGGGGUGGGCCCCUCCGAGGCUGUCUCCAGGACCUGCGACUCAAUGGCCUCCACCUUCAUUUCUUUCCGCUGCUGACUGAGAACGCAAGUCAGCUCCACAAGCCCCGCAAGCUGGAUGCCGGCCAGUCCCACAACCUCACCCAGGGCUGCGUCUCUGAGGACAUGUGCAGCCCAGAUCCCUGUUUCAAUGGUGGGACCUGCCUUGUCACCUGGAAUGACUUCCACUGUACCUGCCCUGACAACUUCACCGGGCCCACCUGUGCCCAGCAGCUAUGGUGUCCCGGCCAGCCCUGCCUCCCACCUGCCACCUGUGAAGAGGUCCCUGAUGGUUUCGUCUGUGUGGCUGAGGUCACGUUCCGCGAGGGUCCCCCAGCUGCGUUCAGUGGACACAACGCGUCGUCGGGAAGGUCACUGAGCGGGCUGUCGCUGGCCUUCCGCACCCGCGACUUGGAGGCCGGGCUACUGCGCGCCGCGGCGGGCAACGCGGGCGUCUGGCUGGCCGUUCGCAAUGGCUCGCUGGCGGCCAGCGUGCGCAGCGGCCCCGGCGUGGCGGGUGCUGUGCUGCCCGCGCCCGGGCCACGCGUGGCCGAUGGCGCCUGGCACCGCCUGCGCCUGGCCAUGGAGCACCCGGCGGCCGCCGCCUCGCGCUGGCUGCUGUGGCUGGACGGCGCGGCGACACCGGUGACGCUGCGCGGCCUGGCCGGCAACCUGGGCUUUCUGCAGGGCCCGGUCGCCACGCGCAUCCUGCUGGCCGAGAACUUCACAGGCUGCCUGGGCCGCGUGGCGCUCGGCGGCCUCCCGUUGCCCCUGGCGCGGCCACGGCCCGGCGCGACUCCGGGCCCCCGACAGCACUUCGUCGCCUGGCCCGCGACACCCGCCCCGCGCCUCGGCUGCGCCGGCGCGCCAGUGUGUGCGCCCUCGCCCUGCCUGCACGGCGCCGCCUGCCGCGACCUCUUCGACGCCUUCGCCUGCGCCUGCGGCCCAGGCUGGGAAGGACCGCGUUGCGAGGCCCGCGCCGAUCCGUGUCGCUCCGCGCCCUGCGCCCGCGGCCGCUGUCACGCGCGCCCUGACGGCCGCUUUGAGUGCCGCUGCCCGCCGGGCUUCGCGGGCCCGCGCUGCAGGUUGCCUGUGUUGCCUGAGUGCAGCCUCAACUCCACCUGCCCAUGUGAGGUGGGGCCCCAGGGUACCAACUGCAGCUGCCAGGAGGCCUUCUCUGGCCAGAGGUGUCAGAGCCCAGCCUUGCCCUGUGAAGCCAACCCCUGCUUGAAUGGAGGUACCUGCCAGGCUGCCGGUGGGGUGUCUGUUUGCACCUGUGGCGCAGGCUUCUCUGGCCAGUUCUGUGAAGUGGUGAAGGGCCUGCCCAUGCCACUGCCAUUCCCGCUGCUGGAGGUGGCUGUGCCUGCAGCCUGUGCCUGUCUCCUCCUCCUCCUCCUUGGGUUCUUGUCCGGGAUCUUGGCAGCCAGAAAGCGCCGCCAGUCAGAGGGCACCUACAGCCCAAGCCAGCAGGAGGUGGCUGGGGCCCGGCUGGAGAUGGACAGUGUCCUCAAGGUGCCACCUGAGGAGAGACUUAUCUAGGCCAACCUGGCUGCUGGUGCCAUGCCCUGGAGGCCCUACAGGAUGUCUACCUGGAGACCCAAGGAGAUUGCUUUCAGGGCCCACUGGGAGUAUCCCAUGGAUGGCAGCCCCUGCCUCUGUCCCAUCGUGGACUGAGAAGGGAGUCAACUCAGGAAAGCAGAGAGGGAACCUCUCUGACCUGCUGGGCUUUGUUGUGGCAGGUGUGUGGCUAUGUGUGGGCAGACAGGCAUGGUGCACGUGGUGUGUCAGUAGAGCAUGCGUGUACGUGCAGACGUGGUGCUCUGUAGAUCCCAGCUGAGUUUUCUGACAGGGCUCACUCACGUGGCUCCUCUUUUUAUUGCGUGUACAUGACUGUCUAGUGGGGGCAGAUGGAUGCUCCAUGGUUGGGGACCACAUGUCCAUUCUGGGACAGGGGCAGCCCAAGGCUGCAUGUUUUCCAGCAGGCCAGGCCAGAGCUUGCCCAAGCACCUAGACUUCAGUUCUGGCACCUUCUGAAACCUCCAAGGGCGGCCCCUGCUUUGGAGACAGCUGAGAAAUGAUGAGUGGUGUUCUCAUCAGGCCAAGUGGACUUCUGCUCCUUUGGGCAGAUCUGUCUCUGCCCAGUACCAGAGCUGGUCCUGCAAGGGAACCCCAUAACCCUGGACACCAGGCCUGCAGGAGCCGAGGACUAGCUGCCUGAGCUUUCCUGCCUGGCCAUGGUCAUUUGCAGGUGGGAAAGCCUCCCUGCCUACCUCACAGGACUGCUGUGUGACUCAGAGAAGCUGACAAUGGGCAGAGGACUCUGGGAGUCAUUCAACUCCAGUCUGAAGUGAAUUGUGGGUGUCCUUUUAGGUGUUUGGAAGCAUUGUCUCCCCAGGCCUACGCCCAGGAGGGC